UUGUUCCGCGGGAAAAAAAAGUUACGCAAGUCGUUUUGUAAACACGAAACAGCUGAGCACGUGCAUGAGUUGACAUGCACAAGGCAGGGAGAUGGGAGGGAAGCAUUGAGCUUAGCUGCAUGCAAUGCCAGUGCAGUGCGAUGUAUCUGAAUACACGGAUGCAGAUAGCAGUCUAAUUCUAAAGAUUACUUCUACUAGGUGUUUCCAUGUUUGCUUUGCAGUAGUUUGGGCAGAUCUUCUAGCUCUAGUCGAUCUAGAAACUUCUGAAAAUGGCACCAACCUCAUCAAGAAACAAGAAAGACAAGACUGCAGGCAGUGCAUCAGAAGAAAAAGUAACAAAAUCUGACAAAAGAACAACCAGAGCGGCAGCUGCAGUGAGUGGAAGGCGGACUAGACAGCAAAGGAAGAAAGUUGGAGAAACUGAUAGUGAUACAGAAGAUUUUGAAGACCAAAUUAUUAAAUCUGGCAGAUCAACAACGGCAGAUAGACAGAGGAAUAGAUCCACUCCUGAUACAACUAGUACAAGUUCAAACCUGUCAAAUGGAGCAGUGAAGAAGCAGAAGCUGGAUGUGGAGGAGAAAGAAAAUGAAGAAACCAUCAUCAUCAGAGGAAGCAGAGAGCCUGUCAGUCCCUCCAUCACCCCAAUGGAUCUAUUAAGCUCUAACAUAGUUCAUCGGAUCUUCAGACAUACCACCGGACAGAGGUUCAAACAAAGCCUGAGACAGGCUACCAUUCAACCAUUUGUCCAACAGCUCUCAGAGUUCAGGGUUAGCCACGGAGCAAGCCCUUUUGAAAGGAGAGUGACGGCUCUUGAAUGGCACCCAAAGCAUCCCACAAUGCUUGCUGUGGGGUCAAAGGGUGGUGACCUCAUGCUGUGGGAUUACAGCAAAGGGCAAGAUGGAUGGAAUGUUGUGCAAGGAAUAGGACCUGGAGGAAAUAUUGCCAGUCUGCUCUUCAGCAGAGACAAGCCCGAUGAGAUCUAUUCUGCGUCCUUGGACGGACAAGUCCGUCUACAGAACUUUGAGGGCAAGAUUCUCCAUCUCUUUCAGAACACCAUGGACUGGAGCCACUGGUACUGUUCUGUAGAUAUCAACUAUACAGACAAUGUGCUAACAGCAGGAGAUAACAACGGCAAUGUGGUACUCAUGUCUCGGCAAGGAGAAGAGAUGUGGAAGUACAGACUGCACAAGCAGAAGGUCACCCACUGCGAGUUCAACCGACGAUGCCCCUGGCUCCUAGUGACCGCAUCCACGGACAAGACGGUCAAGAUGUGGGACAUCAGGAACGUCUCCAGCAAAACCAGCUACGUCUACCAGAUGAACCAUGAAAGACCCAUCAAUUCAGCAUAUUUCAGUCCAGAUGGGACUAAGCUCCUAACAACAGACCAGAGCAUAGCCACUGAGAAUCUAUUCUGGUCCAAUGUGGGAUACACUAGAGAGAACCAUCAUUCAUCCUCACAGGUUCUUUCAGCAUCUCACACCAAUCAAGGCUACUGGCACACAUUCCAGAACCUAAUCGUAGUUGGCAGAUAUCCUGAUGCGACCUAG